AUGUCAUUGAUCUUGCUUGUGACUCUUACACUACUCAUGCACUUGUGGGUAAUUGUCCUCUUGUCCGCGACCACAGAUCAAUAGACUGGUCGUUUUCGUGGAUAUGUAUUUCUACUGGAGUAGCUCCAAACUUCAUUCCGUCCCGAAAUCCGACAUCGGACUAGCCGCUGAUACCCGCCACCCACGUCCCCGUACGUACCUAGGUAACACGCUACCGCUGCCAUGGAUUCCACCGAGCAAGAGCUCGAGGCCUUCCGCCAGAGAUGGCUGGAAGAAGUCAAGCGCAAGCAGCCGGCCGUUGCAGCGCCAGCUCCCGCAAAGACAACGCAGGCGUCGUCAAGCAAAGGCCCCAAGAACAAGGGCCCCGACGUGCCGUCCCAUGCGCGCCACCACGGUGAAGAGAUAGACGAGGCAGCGCCCCACGUGUACCAAGAUCUGGGCGAGAAGCAGCAUGGAAGGCGACUGGAUGAAACCAGCGCUCAAGCUGCUGCCGCUACCGCGAACAGUGCAGAACCACAGUCUGCAUUGGAGCACUACGAGAAAGCAGUAGAGAAAGAAAGCCAAGGCAGCUUGGGAGACAGCCUGAAUCUCUACCGGAAGGCUUUCAAGCUCGACGAUGGCGUCCAUGAGAAGUACAAGGCAAAGCAUUUCCCAGCCAAACCUCCUCAGCCCAAACCGAAACCUCAAGAUCCCAACCCGUCCGGCGCCCCUGUCACUGUGCCUAAUACUGCCCACCACUCCCUAGAUGGCCUCCAACCAACUCUCCAGUCCAUGCUCGAGGACUUCUCUAGCCUCUCCAUCCUAGGCGAAGAACCUCCGACCGACCUGUCUCCGCAGCCCCCUUGUCCCAUCGCUACGACCCCUGAAGAGAUUCUCGUCGAGAUCCUGGAGCACGUGGCCGUCCAGGACGUAGCAGCCUUCGCCCGCCUGGCCCAGGUCUGCAGGCGUCUUGCCUAUCUUGUUACCACGGAGGAGCGAGUCUGGAAACGGAUUUCCCUGGGGCAUGAAUUCGGGUUCGCAGCCAUGCACUACACCUGGUCCUGCCAGGUCGACGGCAACCCGCUCGGUGAUGACGAUGAAGGCGGCUACAUCCUCGGCCCCGACUUCGAAGAGCCUGUCGUAGCGACACCUCCACCUCAGAACAUAACGUCCCUCCUCGUCCCCUCAGCCUACCCCACCUACCGCACUCUCUUUCGCCGCCGGCCCCGGGUCAGAUUCAACGGAUGCUACAUUUCCACGGUGAACUAUACCCGCCCGGGCGCCGCAUCUCCCAUGACCCUAACCUGGAACUCACCCAUCCACAUCGUAACCUACUUUCGCUACCUCCGCUUCCUGCGCGACGGGACGUGCAUAUCCCUCCUGACCACCUCAGAACCCGCCGACGUGGUUCCCUACCUCUACGUAGAGCACAUGCACAAGAACCACCACAGUCUCCCUUCGGCCCCGAUGAAAGACGCGCUGCUUGGCCGGUGGAGGUUGACAGGCCCAGAAGUGCCCGGGGUGGAAGGUGUUGAGAAGGAGGGCACGCUGGAGAUUGAGACAGCAGGCGCGACGCCCAAGUACACGUAUAAGAUGUACCUUGGCGUAGGCAGCGCGGGACGUGCGACUAAAAACAAUAAACUUGUCUGGCAGGGCUAUUGGAGCUAUAAUCGGUUAACGGAUGACUGGGCUGAGUUUGGUUUGAAGAACGACAGGCCCUUUUAUUGGAGUAGAGUGAAGAGUUACGGGAUGAGCUGGGAAGAGAGCGGGAUGAAAGCAUGAGGCUAUAAAGGUCGUGGUCUAGUCGAGGACAAAUGAGAAAUGGGACUCAGGUCAUCGUC